AUGCCGCACAAGGAUAAGGAGGAAGACAGUUUUAAACUGCCACCCAUUCAACAUAUAAUAGAUAACAUUGAAACACCAACCACAAAUACAAAUACACCAAGGAUAAUCGUACCAAAAGUACGUCAAGAUUCCUUUGUUAAUUCUACCACACUCCCCAUCCCAAGAACCGUCGCUGAACAACAACAAAACAUUGUACCCACCGUGACCUCUCGCAAUGUCUCCUCUUCCUCACAGGACCCCUUUCCAAAAUAUCACAAACCUCAACUUGUAGAAGCAUCAUCUGCACUAGCAUCACCUACCACCACAACCACCACCACCAACAAUAAUACGAAAUUGCCUCUCAAUAGGAAGAACUUUCAAAAGAAACAGGUCUCCCAUAAUAACAGGAGAUCUAACUUACCUAAGGAGAUGGUUCAAAUAUUAAAUACAUGGCUGCUGAAUCAUUUACAAAAUCCAUAUCCAACAUCACAAGAAAAGAGAGAAUUGUUGAUCAAGACUGGGUUGACGAAAGUGCAACUCUCCAAUUGGUUCAUUAAUGUGAGAAGGAGAAAGAUAUUCCACGAUUAUUACGCCAUGGCUGAAAAUAAUUUAACGUAUAGUGGAUCCAAGAAUAAUGCUAAUAAUAGUGCUAAUGUUAGUAAUUCUACAACUGAUGAGAUGGAUGAGAUGGAGGAGGAUGACGACGAUCGCGUCACUAAGAUGAACAUGAGUAAUCACCAUCCCAAUUUCAAUGAGGACGAAAACGGUGAUGAUUUGGAGAGAAGAUUUGCUCAUGCACCAAUAACGAGGCGUAAGAAAUUGAUUGAUCGUUUAGAAGAAUUGAAGAAAUUAUCAAAACAAUGA